AAGCCAUGAAUUCCAUGCAGCAGACAGUUCGUCUAAAUGAUGGUCAAUUCAUCCCUAUACUCGGGUUUGGUACCUCUGCACCUCAAGAGUUUCUUGGCGGUAUCCAGGAAUCGCUGUGGUUGGAGUACUGGGUUCUGAUGAUGCCAAGUAGUCUUGAUUUCUGUUGAAGGAUGGAAGUUUUCCAUGAACUGCCUGUGCCAACAGUAGAGGUACCUAAGAAUAAGGCUACAGAAGCCAUCAAAAUAGCUAUAGAUGCUGGUUUCCGCCAUAUUGAUUCUGCUGCUGUGUAUCAAAAUGAAAAGGAGGUAGGACUAGCCAUCAGAAGCAAGAUUGUAGAUGGCACUGUGAAGAGGGAAGAUAUAUUUUACACAUCAAAGGUUUGGCAAACAUUUCAUCGUCCAGAACUGGUGCGGGUCUGUUUGGAACAGUCAUUGAAGCAACUCCAGUUGGAUUAUGUGGACCUGUACCUCAUCCAUUUCCCAAUAGCCAUGAAGCCAGGAGAGAAUUAUUUCCCAAUAGAUGAGAAUGGAAAAUUCAUAUAUGAUGCAGUGGAUAUCUGUGACACCUGGGAAGCCAUGGAGAAAUGCAAGGAUGUAGGAUUGGCCAAGUCCAUUGGGGUGUCCAACUUUAACCGCAGGCAGCUGGAGAAGAUCCUGAACAAGCCAGGGCUCAAGUACAAGCCCGUGUGCAACCAGGUAGAAUGUCAUCCUUAUCUCAACCAAAGAAAACUUCUGGAUUUCUGCAAGUCAAAAGACAUUGUUCUGGUUGCUCAUAGUGCUCUGGGAAGUGACCGUGACAAAGAAUGGGUGGACAAAAGCUUUCCUGCUCUUUUGGAUGAUCCAGUUCUUGGUUCCAUGGCAAAAAAGUACAAUCGAACUCCUGCGCUGAUUGCUCUUCGCUACCAGGUGCAACGUGGGGUUGUGGUCCUAGCCAAGAGUUUCACUGAGAAGAGGAUAAAAGAGAAUACACAGGUUUUUGAAUUUCAGUUAACUUUGGAGGACAUGAAAGUUCUUGAUGACCUGAAUAAAAAUAUCAGAUACAUAGGUUGUACUAGCUCUGAGGACCACCCUGAUUUUCCAUUUUUGGAUGAAUACUAACAUGGAGAUCCAUGUCGUGCCUCGUGCCAGAAGUCACUGCAUGGGAAGAGUGUAUAGGAAUGGUACUCUUGAAAUGUGAUGAUUGCAUAUCACCCUCAUCCUAACUUCUGAGCAAUUCUGGCUCUUCUGAACCUACAAUCUUAAGCAAGAAAGCAAAAACUAAGUAUAUUUCCCCUUUCUAAGAAAUAAAAGAAUCAUUUUU